AUGGCUUCCGGACACGGUCUCAAUGGCGGUCCCUCCCGCUGCUACCCCUUCUGGCAAGAGGUUCUUGGGUGCUACGUCGUGAACUCCGGCGAGGGCGAGUCCGGCAAGAAGAAGUGCACCCCAGCCCUUGAGGAUUACUACGAGUGCCUCCACCACCGGAAAGAGGCUCUCCGCAUAAUGAAGAUGCAGGCCGCAUACCGCAAGGCCGAGGCUGCCCACCCCCGCGAGAACGCACCCAAGGCUGAGCAAAUCCGGAGCUUGGGUCUACUUGGAAAGGAAGAGGAAGCAAAUGCUGUGCUUGUGGCGCAGCGGUCAUAA